AACUCUAAAAGGGUAGUCUGAUUCAUACCAGCAACCAGACACAACCUAAAUAAGCAAAUUAUUAUUAAAAAUAUAUACCAAAAUGCAUAUAUUAUUUAAAAAGUAUUAUUAAAAAAUCUAUUUUCAUUGCAUGUAGAGUGUCAGUUUAGGAAAGUGUAGCAUGAUACAGAUGUUACAGAUGUGGUUUCUGUUUGGUUGCACAUCAUAUGCACUGAGCCCCCUAGAAUGGCCCUUGCAGUGGGUCUUAUUCGACUAGAGCACGGGUGCGGAAGAGUCAAGUCAGAACCGGCUGUGCCAAAAAAAAAAAAAGGUAAAUAAAUAAAUAAAUAAAUAACUAGCCGCGGCUCGAGACAGCCCUGGGAGCGGCAGAGGGGCGGAGCUGCAGCGCGCGCUCGGUCCGCGCGCUGCGUUUCUAAUCUAAAGCGCGAUUUCUACAUGAAAGGCUGCCGCCUCUCCUCUCCUCUCCUCUCCUCUCUCGCGCGCCGGUAACCUAGGACACGCAGAGAAGAGGAGCCCAUUGGCCAGCACGGUCCCGCACGAGAUGCCGCGAGCGCCGCGUUCCGCUCCGGACAGAUGCAGUCAGAGGGGAGAAAAGGAUUAUGGUUUUGUUUCUUUCUCUCUCUCUCUCUUUUUUUUUCCGUAGAUAACUUCUUACAACUAACGUUUCGAGUUCGAUUCUGAGCGACAAACACUGUGCACGUGCCUGCUUUUGCUCGCUCGAGCGCAGUGGAUUUGGUGGAUUACUCACUUGUGCGCGCGACGUUGUUUUUUUUUUUUUUUUUUUUUCUUGCUAAUUAACAAAAUCUCAUCUCAAGAGGACGCUAUUGCAUUUUGAGAAUACGGGGGAAAAAAAGACUUAAGAAGGAAAAAUAUUGGAGUUUGGGUCUCUCUCUCUCUCUCUCUCUCUCUCUCUCUCUGACUCUCUUUUUGUUUUCUAAGUACAGGAUGUUAUUGUGGUGUGUGUGGGGCUGAUAUCCCCGCAGCAGUAGCCCAAACAGUCCCGGUACAUCUCGGCGUCUUCUCGUCCUUUUUUCUGUCUCUCUUACCCACCUUUAUCUGUCUUUUUUAUGUGGAAUAACUGAGUUGGAAAAUCUCUCAUUCCUUCUGAUAAUAGACAGACUCUUCAGUGUCGGUAUUGUUUUGUUUUUUCUUGGAGAAUGGUGAGUGAUCAAUGGGGAGUGAACAUGAAUAGCUCAUCGGAAGUCGAAGAUGGACAUGGACAGCGGGCUAAAUCGCAGACCUUCUGCGAGUGUGUACCCAGCUCUUCGCAGCUCAAACACCGCUGGUCUGACUCAGACACAGUCAGGCAAACAGCUCCCAAGCAGAGGAUGAGCUGCAGUUAUCUGCUCUGCACUAUCCUUCUUUUCGUGGCUGUCCUGCUUGCCAUUACAGUAACUGGCACCAUUCUCUUCCUGAACCACUCCCAGUCUCCGCCAAUUUCGGAUGGCCCGCCACACAUCACCACCAAUCAGGAUGAGGCCAAUGCCCUGGUAACAGUCGAGCGGGGUGACGGCUCACGCAUCAACAUUUUUAUCGACCCAAACUGCCCUGACUACAACAGUAAUUUCCUGCGAUUGGAGGGAGUGCAGACCUCCCUACUCCACUCGCUUACGGAUCACGACUCAGACCUCAAGUCAGUCAAAGGCCAGGACCGUGCGCUAUUGGUCAACCUUGCUGAAGAUGUUGCAAAGCUCUCAGCACAUGCCGGCCAAUUGAAGAUGGACUACGAGUCUCUGAGGAGAGGGCAAAGCAACUUGGGGCAGGACCUUAACACGCUGCAAACUGAACAAGGAAAGCUCAUACAGCUGCUUUCAGAGAGCCAGCUUAACAUGGUGAAGGUGGUGAACUCGGUCAGCGAUGCCUUGAACUCCAUGCAGAAGGAGAAUGGAGGCUUGAAGGCUCGUGUGAAAGCUGACCUGCAAAGAGCUCCAGUCAGAGGAUCCCGUUUCAAAGGAUGCGCUAAUGGCUCCCGUCCUCGUGACUGUAGUGAUAUACAUGCAAGUGGUCAGCGGGAAGACGGUGUAUAUUCAGUGUUUCCCACUCAUUACCCCGCAGGGUUUCAAGUCUACUGUGAUAUGAGCACGGAUGGAGGGGGCUGGACUGUGAUUCAGCGCAGAGAGGAUGGGUCGGUGAAUUUUUUUAGGGACUGGGACUCUUACAGAGAGGGAUUUGGCAAGAUCACAGGAGAACACUGGCUAGGUUUAAGGCAGAUCCAUGCUUUGUCUAUCCAGGCGAACUAUGAGUUGAGGAUAGAUCUGGAAGAUUUCGAGAACAGUACAGCAUUCGCCCAGUAUGACAUGUUUGGAGUUGGACUGUUCUCAGUAGACCCUGAGGAUGAUGGCUACCCACUGACCAUCGGUGACUAUACUGCAGGCACUGCAGGCGACUCCUUGCUGAAACACAACGGUAUGAAGUUUACAACCAAGGACCGCGACAACGAUCAUUCCGAGAACAACUGUGCGUCGUUCUACCAUGGUGCAUGGUGGUAUAACAGCUGCCACAUGUCCAACUUGAAUGGCCAAUACUUGCACGGCCAACACACCUCUUACGCCGACGGAAUCGAGUGGUCGUCCUGGACUGGCUGGCAGUAUUCACUCAAAUUUACUGAAAUGAAGAUACGACCCACACGUGAGGAAAGGGAGAGCAAGUGAUCCAAAACAAUCAUGGAAAUUGAAGGGAAAAUAUUGGUGAACAUAUAGAAAAUAAUGCAUAAAAAUGUAUAAGACAAUGAAAUUAACUAUCAUUGCUGACUGUGAUUGUGACAAGGAGAGAUCCUUUUGGUCACAUUUGUUUUGUUUUGUUUUGUUGUCAUUUGAAGAGAAGUCCCAGUUGAAGUGUAUUGUAAACUCCACUGGAGUGACAGGUCAAGAUUCAGAGCAUCCAGAUGAAUCAGGAAGUGGGCAGUGAACCUUGAGAUAAUUACAAAUAUUCAGUAAUAAUUUGAAAGUUUUUCUCAAUUCAUUAUAUAUAUCUCAUCACAAUGCCAUCUUUUUCAGUGAGGGGAAGGGGUUUUGGUUUUUCCUUAUAAGAAAGCAAGAGCUUUUAUUAAUCUGAAAGAAGAAGAAUGUCAAGAAGAGUGUCACAAAAAUUGGGGUAUUUGUCAAAAGCUAAUUAUUAGUGGAAUAACGAAUGGAAAAGAAGACUGGGGGAUUGUUGACAGUAUAUUAAAACAGAUUGAGUUAUCCUUUUUUGGCAGGCCGUUACUGAAAAUGUUUACUUAUCACCAUUACCUACUGAUCAUGAGCCAGCUUUCCACCCCCUUCCCCACAGAUGGUGUGUGUGUUUGGGUGUGUGCAUGUGUGUACGUACAUCUGUAUGUGCGUGUGUGUGUGUGUGUGUGUGUGUGUGUGUGUGCAUGGGUUGUGGGAAGGGGAGUUCAAGAAGUGGAAGCAAGCACAAUUAAUGAAAGAGGAUCUCAAAUAACAGGGAAUAUCAGUGUGCUAAUUCUGGUUUAGGUCGCUUCAUCUGUCUUAAGGUAUCUUAUAACCAUCAAUCCGUCUGAUUUUGUUUUUAAUAUGUACAUAUUGACGGGGAAGACUAUUGCAGCACAAGGGAAUGGAGAACAGGAAUGCACAGAUUAAUAUUAACUUUGUAACUGGCUAGCUACCACCAGUGGAGCAGUACUAGUGGGUUGAGGGCUCAUCAAAGUUGCAUAAGUUACAUAAGCUGUUGUAUAUAGUUUUGAUUACAAAAAAAAAGCCAAAUUAAAUGUUUAUGUAUACAUAUACAACAUAUAUAUAUAUAUAUAUAUAUAUAUAUAUAUAUAUACAUUCAACAUUUUAUUGAAUUUGGAUUUUUUUUUAAUCAUAUAUUCAUUAUAAUUCAUUAUUUAUUGCAUCCUGUAACACAUACUGUACAUUACUGUGCAAAAGUCUUAGGCACCCUAGUUUUGUCUUAGAUGUUUAUUUUAUGACUUCUGCAUUAUUGGGUUGGUAAAGAAUUUUUUUUUUUUUUUUACAGAUUCCAACAAAUUUACUUUUCCAACCCAAAUUAAAUUUUUGUACGUCAGUAAAGAAAGUAAUAAGUAAUAUUAUGUAAUAGACCACUUUUCAUUAAAAAAAAUAAUAAUAAAUGCUGCCUGUCAGGGAUUACCUGGGGAGAAAAAAAAAAAGAAGCUAGUGUGACAGUCAAGGUGUCUAGAAGAACUCUCCAAGAUGCUUAGAGAAUCUUACCAACUAAUUUCCUUAUAAAACUGCACAAAAUGUACCUGAGACUACUGAUGCACUUUUAAAGCCAACGGAUCACACCAGAUAUUGCCUCUGUUUAGUUUAGUGCUGUCUUCUGCUGUUUAUAGCACCUGUAAUGUAGAAAAUAUUUAAUUUCAUUAGUUUUGAAGGCAUGUUAGCUUUACAACAGUUCUUUACAUGCACUUAAGACUUUUGCACAGUACUAUGUAUGGCUUUCUGUGCCAUUUUCUUAAACUUUUUUACUGUUGAGAAAAGGAUAUUGCAUCAGAUUUUAAUUCCUUUAGGGAAUUCUAUACUCAUGCUGACUCAAUCCCCUGAGCCUUCUGGAGGUGCUUAUCUAACACAUUUCACUGGAGCUAAUAAAGUAUUGUUAAGAUGACAAUGCACCACAGAGACAUGUAAGGGUGGGUUGGGAGUGAGAGAGGGGGAUGGAUGUCAGUGGGCGGAGGCUGUAUUAUAAUCAGUAUUGGAUUGCGGGAUUAUUUCGAAUUGCUUUGCGAGUCUCCACACCACCCCUCUGUCCUGCUGUCUGUCUGUCUCUAUCUCUUUUCUCUCUCCACGUCUUCUGCAGCAUGUCUCACCUACCCCCGCCCACUUAUAUCAGUUAUUUACUAUAUACAACAUUCUGGCCUUUUUUUAAAAAAUUAAACAUUACUUGCAGUAUAAAAUGUUUGUCUGGUCAGAAAGAAAGAGUGUUGUACAUCAACAUUCCUGGAUUUAUGGCUAGAAAAACACCUUUGCAUAUGUGCAGUGAAGCCACAAUUAGGACAUUAACUGUUGGCUUUUCACAACAUUUCAAAAGUGGCUCAUGUACUGAACAUAAUUCAGCAGUUACGCUAAAUACAUACUGGUUCUUCCUGUAUGCCAAUUGUGCACAACUUUGCUUCUGCUCUAGGCUUUUACUAGUUUGUAACAAAUUACUCUAUUUAGAUCAUUCAUACACUCAUUAUUAACUCCCUUCUACAACACUAGGCAAAGGACCUACAGUAUAUUCUGCUUCUUUUGGCAUUGCGUUGGGCUAAAAUUCAGAAAACCUCUGAAAUUAAAAUUCCCACUUCAUUUUUUUAUACUUUCUGCAUUUUUAUUUACAUUUGUGUUUAUAAAUGAAUUUAAAUGUGACUACUGAAAGAACAAUUCAAUCUGCUUUUUAAUAACAACAAACCUACAAAAAAAUGUAAUAUGUUAAA